AUGGCGGGUCCGGGCGGGGCCGGGCUGCGGCUGCUGUCGGUGGGGCCGGGCGGGGCCGGGCCCGGGGCCGGGGCGUCGUCUCCGUCGUCGGCCGCCGCCGCCGCGCCCGGCCCCUGCUGCUGCUGCUGGCUGUCCGUCUGCUCCUGCCUCAGCCUGGCCUGCUCCUACGUGGCAGCUCUACUCUGGAACAGCGAGCUGCCCAGAGACCACCCGGCCGUCAUCAAGAGGCGUUUCACCAGCGUCCUGGUGGUGUCCAGCCUGUCCCCGCUGUGCGUCCUGCUGUGGAGGGAGCUGAGCGGCUUCCACCAGCACAUCCCUGUUGGCCUUGAUGGCUUCAGGUUAGAAGGCCUCUUCCCCGCGCUGCUGCCCCUGGUGCUGACCAUGAUCCUCUUCCUGGGCCCCCUGAUGCAGCUGAGCAUGGACUGCCCCCGGGACCUGGCGGAGGGGCUGAAAAACGCCCUGGCUCCCCGCGCCUGGGCGCGCUCCCUGACGGACAUGCGGUGGCUGCGGAACCAGGUGAUCGCGCCGCUGACGGAGGAGCUGGUGUUCCGAGCGUGCAUGCUGCUCAUGCUCACGCCCUGCACCGGCCUGGGCCCCGCCGUCUUCACCUGCCCGCUCUUCUUCGGUGUCGCCCAUUUCCACCACAUCAUUGAGCAGCUGCGGUUCCGCCAGGGCAGCGUCGGGAGCAUCUUCCUGUCCGCAGCAUUCCAGUUCUCGUACACGGCCGUCUUUGGGUGCGUACACCCCUUCCUCUCUUCAUCCGCACAGGUACCUCCGGGCAACCUGAUCGGCCGGUGCUGUGCCACUCGUCUCUGCAACUACAUGUUUCCCGCGGUGUGGGCCCUGGACAACCCGCAGCGCCCGCUGCUGGCCGCCUACGCCCUGGGCGUCAGACUCUUCCUGCUCCUGCUGCAGCCGCUCACCGACCCCAGGCUGUACGGCGGCCUCCCCCUCUGCCGCCUCCUCGACAGGGCCGGGGCCGCCGCCGCCCCCCUCUCGCUCCCUGACCCCGACCCCCGGCACCCCCCAGCGCGGGCUGCGGGGAAGGGGCGAGGCUGGGGUCCCCGUGAUCUCAGGAAUUUUUUGUAGCGGACGAAGAGGGAGGAGGAGAGGAGGAGGAGGGGCCGGAGCCCGAACCCCCUCUCUCCGGCGCCGACCCCCAAGGGGUGGGACGCGGAGCGAGGGGCCGAAGCGGCCCCCUCUCGACUCGGGCUCCCCCCCUCCCGGCUCCUCUCCCCGCUUCCGGAGCUGCUCGGGGGUCCCCCCUCCUCAUCCCCCUCCUCCACCCCCCCCAUUCCCAGGUUUUCUCAUUUGUCUUUUUGCAUCGGACUUUGUA